CCACGGCAAAAAGAAGCCAACAGAGGUAUGCUCGCGACUCAUACAGCAACUCUGCGGCCUCCCGCCAUGGCAGCAGCCUCCGCCGGCGCCUCGUCGUCGCAGGCACAACCGGCGGAACCCCACCUCAGUCCCCACGGGGACUUCUCGUCCUCGUCGCAAGCAGCGGAUGCCAGAGCGGCGUGGUGUGAUGGGGGUGGCAGGGAGGAGGCCGACGUGCUCAACCUGGACUCUCCGUGGGUGUCGGCGGCCGAGGCGGAGUCGAUUUUGGAGAAGGCCGCGAUGGUGGCGGGGCUCUGCCCCGGCGCCGAGGAUGAGGUCCGUGCCAACCAGGAGCGACAGCAAGACGAGGUACGUCAGCAUUACUAAUCCACCUACCACCGAUCAAAUUGGAAAAGUUCGCUAAUCGUAUGACCUCGCUCUGUUCUGUGAAGCUUAAUCGCGAUGAAAUUCCCCUAUUAGUAGUAUUUUCUUAUCAGAUAUCAUAUGUUAUGACGCCUGGACUAAGAGGGGUUUUGCAGAACUUUGUGUCUUCUAUUUUUCUCCCAAAAAGAUGAUGGUUAUGUUCUCAAAAUAUGGUUCUGGUCUCCAGAUACAGUC